AUGGGAUAUCAUUGGCUGGUUCGCAACCCGUGUAAACAAAAUUCUAUUCCAAGAGGCACAACUCUGGCACAAUCCCUUCCUUCCCGCCACUCGCCAUUCACCCAACCGUUCCCUUUUGUCGCUAUGGCUUCGAGACACUUGUGCUAUUCACGGUCUGUAAUUCUUGACGUUCUGCGAGCCAUUGUCUCUCGAUCUCCACCUCCACCACCUUCGAUUGCGCUGCGUAAAGGUUAUUCGCACCCAUGUCAGGCCACCAAUUUCAUCACCAGGGCACCCUUGCACCAUCAUAAUAGUACGUCACUUUACAGGCGAUUUCUCCACACCAAGCAAGCUCAACCUUUGGCGCAAGAGAUUGACGUUAUGGACAUUUUGCAAGAACUGGAACCUGAGCGAGCACCAACACAACGUGAACGAUCUAAGGAAUGCCCACGCGACGCCACUGUAAAGAAGCGACGACGAAAGCUACCUUGGUGGGUCGAGAAUCAUUAUGGCUCGAGAGGUCUCAAACCAAAGCGCUUAAAGAACAGGAACUUUGAGCAAUUCAAUCGAGCCAUUUAUUAUACCGUAUUGCAACAACAGAUGAACAAGGCUGUCAACCUAUUGAAGGACAUGGAGCAUCGUGGAAUCAAGCCUGAUGUAUCGACCUAUACAAUGAUCAUCAAUGGAUAUUGUCGAGCAACAGAUAUGGAGCGUGCUAUGAAGUGGUUUUAUCGAAUGAAGAAGAACAACGUUGAACCUGAUGUAUUUACAUAUACCGGCUUGAUCGACGGAUACAUGCGGAUAGCAGAUGUACCCCAUGCAGAAGGUCUAUUUCGAUCAAUGAUGAACAAAGGCAUUCGACCUAAUCGGGUGACAUACAACAUUCUGAUGCAUCAAUCGGUCAUGCAACUUGAUAUCGAAACAGCUGUACGAUUCUGGGGCAAUUUGGUGGAAGCAGGAUUACGACCUGAUGUAUACACGUAUGCAAUCAUGAUCCAUGGAUUGGGAUUGGAGGGACAAUUGGAUAAGGCAUGGCGAUUAUACGAUAACAUGGUGCGCCAGGAGAUCAAUGUCAAUGAGGUGGUAGCCACAUCUUUGAUGGGGAUGCACGUCAAGGCACAUGACAACAAUCACGCCAUUCAACUCUUUCGGCGGUUUUUUAUUGAAGAGCAGCGACCCAUGACAGCACACACACGCAAUGUCCUCCUCAAUGCUCUUAUUGCAGGUGCUGAUCUUCCAACCAUUCAAUCCUAUUAUCAGCAAUACCUGGAUUUCCUCAAUUUACCAAAGGAUCAACGUGCUGAUUCAGCUCCUAUUCUUUUCGAAGCGGGUGCUCAUGUUGUCACUUUCACCACGUUUAUGCGCUCCUUUUUACGUCGCGAUGACCUGCCAAUGGUCAGCCAAGUAUACCAAGACAUGAUGGCUCGAAACAUCAAGCCUACCACGGUCACCUAUGGAAUCCUCAUGCUUGCUCAUGCUUAUAUUCCUGAUCCACACUCUUGUGCCAAGAUCCUCCAAGAAAUCAAGGCUGCCGGGUUGCCUCCAAACGCCGUUCUUUAUACUAUUGUCAUGCGUGCAUGGGCCAAGGCUGGUAACUGGGAAGAGACUAAAAAGACUUAUGAAGAAAUGAAGGCCGCCAAUAUCCAGCCAACCAAGUUGACCAUGUCCGUUCUUAAUUGGGGUAGCCGCCAAACCAAAUAA